CGUUCUCAGUGUAACAUUGGUUAUGGCGGUAUGUGACUUAGGCAUCACUUAAUUUAGGUCUUACCUUAGUACGUGUAGAAUUACGAGAAGUAAAGCAUUUCGCGUGACCAUAUUUUUGUCAUAUGCGAGAGCCCAUACAUUUGCCCCAAGGCAGGAAGUAAAACCGCUAAAUGAAUAAUUUUGGUUUGGUAACGGUGUAGUCUAAAUCUCAAGAAAUUUGCAGAAACCCGUUUAGAAAGGUAAACAUCGUGGAAAUUAAAAUGCUUAUUUCUUACGAUAUUGAUACAACGUGACAACUGUGGUUUCAGUAGACUACGGCCUGGCCUCAGAAAAAUGGUGGGAAUGAGAGUGAUAAAGAGUGCUGCCGCCCUACUGAGCGUCCUGGUUCCCACGGCCUCCAUGACGGACCUGUUUGUGUACGGGACCCUGAAGAGGGGCCAGCCCAAUUACUUCCGGAUGACGGACGCGGGUAACGGGCGGGCGGAGUACCUCGGAACGGCGCGCACCGUGGAGCGCCUCCCGCUGGUCAUCGCGGGGAAGUACAACAUCCCGUUCCUCCUCAACGUGCCCGGGACAGGCCAGCGCGUGCGGGGGGAGGUGUACCGCGUGGACGCCGCCAUGCUGGCCUUCCUGGACAAGUUCGAGAGCUGUCCCGCCAUGUACCAGCGCACCCCCGCCCGGCUGGAGGUGGAGGAGUGGGCGGGGGAGGGCGGCCCGUCGCCGGGCAGCGUGGUGGAGGCCUUCGUCUACAGCACCACCACCUACCAGCCCGAGUGGCUCACGCUGCCCACCCACGAGAGCUACGACCACGCCGGAGACCACGGACUGAGCUACGUCAGCCGCGAAUAUCGAGACUGAAGCGCCGCACACAGGAUCCACACACAGGGUCCGCACACACGGGUCCUCACAUGGGGGUCUGCACACAGGGGUCCGCACACAGGGUCCGCACACACAGGUCUGCACAAGCAUUCCUCCUCCUCCCCCCAGAUUCGACCGUAAUCCUUUCCUCUACCUGCACUUGUUGUACGUCGCUCUGGAUAAGAGCAUCUGCUAAAUGCCUGUAAUGUAAUGUAAUGUAAUGAUUUUUUAGCCAGUGGGGUGAAGCGACCGUUGACUGUAGCGUAGCACUUCGUGGAGAAAGAAAAACAGGACUCAGGGUGUAGAGAGCACAGCAACUCCAGCUUUUUUGCACAAAAUGUGGUGGGUGGGGCUUAGAUUUAACAAUAUAAUCAUUUAAAAAAGAGAACCAAUGUAAUUUAUCAAACAGAGACACGACACUCAGCUUUAGACCUUAAAAAAGUGAUUUUGUGUUUAUCACCACUUUAAAUGAAUAAUAACAGUACUGUAAUUGUAAUGAGCUAUCCAAUGCAGUUAUAUUCUUAGGCAAAUAUGUGCAGGAAAUGACUAUUAAAUCUAUUAAAUGGGA